CCAGCUUCAGUAGGCUCUAACCAUCACAGGGAAGACCCUUCACUCUCACCUUUCAACUCAAGAUCCUCUUACUCUCCGGAGCAUUUCCCCUGGACUUCCAUGACAAUGAUGAGAAUGAAACAGAUCCUCAUUUUGGCCAUCUUACUUCUUCAAUUGAUCACCUUAGUUGAGGGAAAGGGGAUUCCAUCAAAGACACAACAAGGAAAUACUGCAGAGAAGUUUGAAUUUGGCGAUAUGAUUGCCUUUCCACGUUUACCUGUUUAUACACACAAAGGAAUAAAAUAUUCCUACACACACUAUGCCAUUUAUGUGGGUGACACACAAUUCCCUGGAACAAGUAAAGAAGAUGGUCAGGAUAUAUUUCAUAUAACAGGUGUCCCCGUCCAGAAGCUUCGGGAGUUUGGCUUAUCUAAUUGCAUAUUUGGCAAGCUAAGUGAUAACAAGUCCGGACAUAAGAAAGAUAAUUAUCUUGAUGAAGAGGGCUUUCAAAAGAGGGAUAACGCUGAAAUAAUUAAGGAUAUUACACAUCUCUACAAAAAUUGUGGAAAAUGGCAUCCUGAAAAAAACAAUUGUGAACACCUUGCCACAUACCUCCGCUAUGGUGAAAAACACUUUAGACAGGCAGGUACAAAUGCGGCAAAGCUUCUCAAAUUAGACAGGGAACCAUAUCUUUACCCCCUUGAGAAGGAUGGGAAGGGUAAACGUGUCUUUGCUGACUGGCUCAUCGAAACCCGUGGCAACCAGGGUGCACCAGCUGCUUGAGUUCCUAACCUCUCAGAUGUUCUCUCUCUCUUCCAUCCUCUCUGUCUCUGUAUGAAGUGAGGUCUAAACCUCUCAGAUGUUCUCUCUCU